AAACGAAAGAGCAAAUAUCCGCGGAAGAGGCCAAUGGGGAGCCCCAGCGCCGGGACCAGUAGACCGCCGUGUCCCCUCUUUGUCGUCAUCGCAGCGGAGGAAUCCAGAGGGAGUUCCCAAAGCCACAAGUUUCCCCAAGCCAGAGAGCCCCACGCUCGCUCGCCUCCGCCGUUCCAUCCCUCCUCCAAUAUCCUCUGCCACCCAAAAAAAACCCUCUAAAGAAUCCACCUUACACGAAUUCUUUAUCUGGUGCUCGGCCUUCUGAGGCUGGGGAUUCGCGGAAAUUCCCCUCGGCCUUGAUCUCUAGCUCCCGGAAUUGGGAUAUCCGUUAAAGAUGGUGGAGCUCUCCCUCAUAGCCUCCGCCGCCUUGUCUCCGACGAAUUUUUGUCAGGAACAGGGCCUCUGUAGGGCUUACAAGGAGUUUCAAGCUUUAUCUCCACUUAAAGGCAAAAGACCAGAAAUAUGGAAACCUGGUUCAUUACAGCUCGGCGCACAAAAUUUUGAAAAUCUGGGGCAAUCCAUGCAUCUUUGGCCAGAGUGCAGUAAGUCAGUUAUGCCAGAUCCAACGGCUAAGUAUCCUGUGCUAACUGAUGUGCAAGAUUGUCGCCCUGACUCAGUGCUUUUCAGUUUUGGGAUUGCGGAACAGUGCACAAAACGUGAGAAGAUCCUGAAGUUUCUUACGUCUGGAUCUAAUAUAGCUGAGGGAGGAAGUCUGAAUAUUUCUUUACUGUCUGACCUUAUGGGACUUCAGACUGUUGCUGUUGAAUUGUGGCCUCAGCCAUAUGUUUCCAUGCAUGAUACCUUCUGCCUCUAUGAGAUUGGGAUGGACGAUUCCCAGCAUUUGCUACACCAUCAAAGGCAGUUCUGUGCUCCUGAGCCUCUCUUGGAUUUUGUUAAGAAUUUGUCCCAUACUUCAAUUAUUACAGUAAAUUCAGAUGGCCAGGUUUUGUUCACCGGCAGUGGAUCUGAGUUGAAGAAUAUACUCUCAGUUGCAGAAGAGUUUAAUAUAUCAAAACGAUCCACAAAUCAUGACAGGAAAUCAAUGCUAGUUCCAUACUUUACAAGGAAGGGCCGUGGACAUGCACGACCAAACAACCAAGUGUCUUCUUUCAAGCUGCAAACUGGAACGGUUGAUCCUUUAAAGAGCCCUGAAAAUGUGAACCUGAAACCAUUGCCAAAGAAGAAACAAAACAGAAAAGCAGGCAAAGAGCGGGAUCUUUACCAUAAGAACUAUUUCCAUGCCUGUGAAAGCCUCCUGUCUGUGAUUCUAGACAAGAAAGGCAAGACAGCAAGCCUCUCACUGAAGAAGUCAGGUCCUGAGAUCACCCAACUCCUUACCCAUUUCUCUGCUGGGAUUGCUGGAACGGGACUCGCCGUUCUUCUCUCUGUUGCAUGCAAAAUGGCUAACGGGAGGGUAACAUUCAGCACUACCAAGUUGCUGAAUACCAGCUUUGGUUUCGGAUUGUUCUGGCUCUCGUGGGCAGUGAACAGUUUGCGAGAUACAAUCAUUCAUCUCAGUAAAAACUCAAGCAAGCUUAAGCUCAAGGAGGAAGAGGUAGUAGGCAAGGUCGAAAGAAGUAUGAAGGAUAUUCUCUUAAGAGCUGCAGCAUUGAUGGCAGUGGCAGUAUUAAGAUUUGUAUAAAAAGAAACUUUCUAUUUUUCUGUGCACUUCCUUCCCGUUCCUUCCAAUUCCUACUUUGUGAGAUAAAUCAAACUUUAUUCUGGUUCCAAUGGAUAUCAGGAGUGUAUGUGUAAGAUAAUUUUGUGAAGACAAUUUUGUAGUCUUUUAUCUUGUAAAAAACUAAAAACCUCUGUAAAUGAAAGCUGAGCUGCUUCCAGGGCCUACUGCUGGUAUUGGCUGUUAGAAAUUAUUUUUCCU